UUAAUUACUUUCCAUAUAAAGACUGCCGUGUAUGUAUAUAUGUAUUAUAUAAAUUAAAUAGCUGUAAGAAAUACAAUUUUUAUUAAAAAUAUUAUUUAAAAGUUUUUAUAUAUUAAAAUAAAAGGAAAUAAAACGGUGUAUGUGUCAUCGUAACAUGACGUAAGAUCCAAUGUCAAGAGCACGUAAAUGGGUGAAGGUAAACAACUGGAGUGACUUUUCUUUUUCGCCAAGAGAUCAAACGUGAUCCAAUGCUUCCACAACAGUACUACUCUUGCUCAAGGUACCUCGAAGAUCAAAAUGAAUUAACACGCAUCGAGUGAUUAAAGUCGAUGGAUAAAAAAUUGCGAAUUAAUUUUCUUUAUUAUAUUUGAAAAAGAUUACUUCGAAAUAUUUAUCCGGGAACGUUAUGCGCUCCAUUCAAAUUUCAUAUCGUUGAAAAGUGAAAUCAAAGUUUGAAGAGUAUUCUUAUAUCUUAUAUCCCUUUUGUAUGUAUAAUAUAAUAAAAACAAAAUCGUAAUAAUAAUAAUCAAGUACGAAGAAAUAUGUCACAUCUCUCGCAUUCUGAAAUCUUGAUGGAAGCGGCGGGCGUAAGGAUCGUAACGUCUCCUCCUAAAGAAGAUAUGAAUUCAUUUCCACCGGGAAAGAUGAUCCUUAAAAUGCAGAAAAUCAACGCACAGUCAUAUAUACAUGGUAAACCUUGCGGAUUUCACUUGACCAAGUCAAAAUGGGAUCCAUAUCCAUGGGUCAGCUACGUCGAGAAUAAUAGUCCCGCCGAUUUAGCAGGAUUGCGAGCGGGCGAUUGUUUAUUGGGCAUUGACGACACCGAUUUGUUAGGUCUAAAGAUUAAAGACGUCGCUACUUUAAUUCAUAAUAAGGAAGGUGUGCGAGAUUUAUAUUUUUUUGUUUGGAGAUACGCGCAUCAUAAAGAAGGACAAAAUGAUAUUGGGCUAGCCUUAAAAGGUCCACUUCCAAAUGUAGCCAGAAACCUAGCAAAUGCGUUAUCAGGAACGGUCCGCGCCUUGGAAUGUCCGAUUUGCUUAGAAAGUGCUGUGCCUCCAGUCUCACAAUGUGUUCACGGUCAUAUCCUAUGCGUCGUCUGUAGACCGAAGACUACGCGUUGUCCGAUCUGCAGAGUUCGGCUCGGCCAGGGCCGGUGUCUUCUUGCGGAUAAAUUGCAAAGAGUACUUCGUGACGCCUUUAAUAUGGAUAAUAACGAGACAGUAGACAAGACAUCUGUCACAACUGAUCGUUGUAACUUGCGUGAUCAAUUGUUCGGUAAAAGUAGAAAGAAGCAAGAAAUUCCGGUUGUAAACCAAUCAAAGAACAAUUGUGCUACGUUGAAGCCAAGGCAAUUUCUGUUGGCCAGAUUGUUGCUCGGAGGUAGAGAGAAAGCUGCUUCCGUUGAUAAUCUAAUUCGAGUAUCUGAAAUGUCGGAAGAAGCUGCGACUCCUGCUAGAGUGACAAAUGUUAACAAUUUGGAUGUACGAUUGUCGUUGAACAAUCGCACCAAGUCAGCCAGUACCGGCGAAUUGUCGAGAGACAGCAAAACUCGAAUCAGUGACCCUUCUUCACAGAUUGUCGAAUCAUCUGUGGAAAAUGCCAGUCAGCAAUCGCUGAGUUUGCCCCAGACGCCGAUCUGGGGCGGCUCCAUGGAUUCUGUGUCUUGCAUACAACUAACGUGUCCGCUUUUGAAAUCUUGCAAAGAAAUAGUGCCGUCAGAUUUGCUGCUGGAACACAUCAAGACUCACACGGUGCCGCAGGUUCAUUUUUAUUCUGCAAAUGCAAGACUCCCGCUUCCGCUUCCUUUCGGAAGUAAUGCUCUUUACAUAUUCCACCACGGAAACAAUAUGUUUUUCUUCCAGUACGAAGAGGAAAUAGCCUGGAUGACAAAUCCCACCAAGAUGGCGCAUUCAAGCAGCACAUGGGAAUGGACACUGUACGCAUGGGAUGACAAUGGUAUAGAAGUACAAUUACGAAGACACGUAGCAAGUCUUGAAGAUUCUGCGAUAUUAUCUUCGCAGCAUAUUGCUCCAUUGCCAAACGCGUUAUUGUUGAAGACUAUUGAAAUACAAAUAUCAGAAUAUAGAGCAUACGAUAGAUUGUACAUGUAAAGAAAACAAUAUAUGUCGAUUAUACUUCACAAUUUAUUAUUAACAUAAAGUGCAUAAAAAAAUUAAAACAUUUUAUGAAAAAAGUAAUAAGUCUUUAUUCAUGUGACAAUUUAACGAGUGAUAAUAUAUCAUACUAUGUUAACCCAUUUCCGCAAUAUCGAGAAAAGUCGAUUCACUUUCAUCCCCAUUGGAGCCGCCAUAUUAAUUUUUCCAGGGGUUAUACGUUAAAACUAAAGUCAGAAAUGGAAAGAGCAACCUUUUUUACCACCAGAAAUGUAUUUAUGGGAUUUCUUUCUCACGAAGUGUGGCCAAGAUACGCAAGUGUCCAACAAUGGACAAUCCAGCGGAAAUGGGUUAAUUAUCUUAGAAAUAUAGUAUAAAAGUAUUUACUUAAAAUCUUAAUUCAAACAUAUAACAAUAUGUUGUACAUCCUAAAAUUCGCAAAUAACAUACCAAACUAAGUUCUUGAAAAA